UCACAUCUUCUGUUUUUGGAUUGCAGAGCCCUUCUUGGUGUAUGCAGGUGCAUUGCGCCACGACAGGGGAGGCCAUUUUCAUUGACACGCCGUUGACCUCUAGUGAGGGGCACGGUGGACAAGGACCUGCAUCUUUUGCCUACAGAUGUCUUCUCGGAAAGGCUCAGUAACAGAUGAAGAGUGUGGCGUUGCAAAGGCCUGCCGGGAUAGACAUGAUGUGGAGUUGACGGAACUCGGGCCCCUGCUGGAAGAAAAGACCGAUGGUGCGCCUAAUGCAAUUUCAGCUGGUGGGGGAGAGAGGCCGCCGGGGGCUGCAGCCAACGGCGGUGAAGAUGAGGAGGAAGAGGAGGAGGAAGGAGUCCGUGUUCUCACCCUUCCUUUGCAAGCUCACCAUGCCAUGGAGAAAAUGGAAGAGUUUGUGUACAAGGUUUGGGAAGGGCGCUGGCGAGUAAUUCCAUACCACGUGCUACCUGACUGGCUAAAGGAUAACGAUUACCUGCUUCAUGGGCAUAGGCCUCCAAUGCCUUCCUUCCGUGCUUGCUUUGGGAGCAUCUUUCGGAUUCACACAGAGACGGGAAACAUCUGGACACAUCUGCUAGGACUAAUUUUGUUUCUGGCCUUGGGAAUCCUCACCAUGUUCAGGCCAAAUGUCUACUUUAUGGCCCCCCUGCAGGAGAAGGUGGUUUUUGGAAUGUUCUUCUUGGGUGCUGUAUUGUGUCUAAGUUUUUCAUGGCUCUUCCACACGGUCUACUGCCAUUCCGAGAAGGUCUCCCGCACAUUCUCAAAACUUGACUACUCUGGCAUUGCCCUGCUCAUCAUGGGGAGCUUUGUCCCUUGGCUUUAUUACUCCUUCUACUGUUCUCCUCAGCCCCGUCUCAUCUACCUCUCCAUUGUGUGCGUACUGGGCAUCACCGCCAUCAUUGUGGCCCAGUGGGACCGCUUUGCCACACCAAAACAUCGUCCCACCCGCGCAGGUGUAUUCCUGGGCCUGGGGCUGAGCGGCAUAGUACCCACAAUGCAUUUUACAAUUGCUGAAGGGUUUGUGAAGGCUACCACAGUGGGGCAGAUGGGCUGGUUCUUUCUUAUGGCAGUCAUGUAUAUCACAGGCGCUGGACUGUAUGCAGCGCGCAUUCCAGAACGUUUCUUUCCCGGCAAAUUUGACAUCUGGUUUCAGUCCCAUCAGAUUUUCCAUGUCCUUGUCGUGGCAGCAGCUUUCAUCCACUUUCAUGGAGUCUCAAACUUACAAGAGUUUCGUUAUGGCCUAGAAGGUGGCUGCACGGAUGACUCCCUCCUCUGAAAAUGACCCACUUCAUUCUGGCUGAUUUAUCCCAAGUGCUUUUCUAACUUAAGAUGAUUUCCUUCUAAAGAAUAUAUAUGUAUGUAUGUAUAUAUGAGGCAGUAUCAAAAAGACCUUGGCAUUGCUUCACGAUGUUCUUCGGACAGAGGCACUCAAUCCCUUUUCAUGUGUUUCAUUUUGUUUUAUCGUUUCUUUUUCCUUUGGGUCUUGUGUCGAUGGUGGUUCCUCAACCAUCCACUCUACUUGACUAAGUGAGACCUGACUAACUUAAUGUAUCAUCACACGUUAUGUUUUUGAUUUCUUUGUCUUACCUAAAACAAAAGCAUUAACAGCUAAUUUAGCAUUGACCCUGACAAGAGUUUUGAUUGGUUUAUAAAAGUUUACUUAAGUGUUUAAAUGAUUCUGAAGAUUUUAUUAUUUUUUUUUUUAAGUUCUGUAAACCUAACACACUGAAUACUGAAGUCAAUUCAGAACUAAGCUGAGAAACUGUAAAGAGUUUUUAAUCUGUUUUUAUAACAAAGCAGUCAUUUUUUUUUUACUGUAUAUUGGUAGCAGUAUAUUUUACAGAUAAUAUAAUGUCACCACUCCCUAUAUCCAGAGCAUACAGAAACAUUAAACUUCUAGGUAUAAGGAAGAGCUUUCUAUCAGCAUGCAUGCUGGGGAAAAAAAAGUUUGAUCUGGUUUAUGUUGCACUUGCAGAAGUUUGGACUUUUGGUCUCUAACCCAUUUUCGUUUCCCUUUAUUUCAGAGGUAAAAAGAAGAACUUUCUAUUUACGAGGGAGUGAUACCUAGUGUAUGAUUAGUGACUGUCAGUCAAUCUUACCUUAUAAAGCAGCCUUUCAGAGAGCACACCAUCACGAGGCACUUUAUCCAGGAUGUCUGGGAGGUUAGUUCCCCAGUUCUUACCCAAAAAACAAAUCUGCUGACCACCAGGUCCCAUUGCUUUGCACAUGUACCCCCCCAACCCCCUCCACACACACACAGAUUUAAAGUGCUGAGCUUAGCUUUUGUGGCUUUGGCUGGGUAUCCUCCCCAUUUAUGUUUUAUUUGGUAGUAAUGUCAUUUGGAAGGAUGUCCACCUACAGUGAGUAGCAAAACACAGUAGUGGAGGAAAUGCUGAGCUACACUCCUCGUGGAAGAGGACUCAGUGCUGUUGUACUGUUGCAUAGCAAGCCUUGUCUUUCAGCAGAUGUCUUUUCAGCUGGGCACUUAAUCGGACAGUUAGGGCUGCUUAUAGGACUGCUGUUCAGUUUCAAUCCCACAUUGAGUGUCAUAUGUGUUCUUUGCUAUAAUUGUAUCUCUCACAGAGUUUUUAAGGCACAGUGUCAUUCUUGGUGUAAAAUAUUCCAUUAAAAUUUAUACUUGCAUAA